AGGUCGUCUCCUUCCGCUUACUUCCCCGACUCGACCGCGAUCCCCAUCUCCCCGUCCCUAUCCCACUCCGACCUCCGCCGAAGAAGCAGCCGCCCUACUCCCCUCCUUCCGUCGGCCGGCGGCCGCCACCGUCUCCCCAAGCCCGGACGGCAGGCCCGGUCCCAGAUCCGCACCUUGCUGCUGAUGUUGCUUGUGGUUCAACUAUCUGAGAUAAAUAAACUCUGCUAAUCAAUCAUGGAAGAACAACAAGUCAAGCCAUCUCCUCCGCCUCCAGCUAGUCCUAUGGAUAGCCAGGACACAGCGGCACCUGCUGCUGUUGCUACUGUUGAUUCUGUUUCUCAUGCCACUUCAAAUGCUUCAACCACUCAGGUUGCCAGUAUAAGUCAUGUUACCCCUUCAUCCCCUCAAGCUUCAAAUUCUGCCACCACACAAGAUGCUGCAGGGCGCGAGUCACCAUCAUCCAUGUUUUCCACAUCGGGCUUAUCUUCCUGGGCUAAGAACCUGAAAAUCCCCCAGCCUUCUUCUGGCCAAGAAUCACCAACAGGAAAAAAUACAUUUUCCCGCCUCACUAGUGGCCUUGGAUUGCGAUCAUCUCCAAAAGAUCAGCAGCAAGAUGAUAGUGCUGAAGGCAGCAGCACCCCAACAACAGCACAAGCUGGUGUUUUUGGUUCCUUGACAAAAGGCAUUGUGGAUUCUUCUAAGAAUGCUGUUAAGGCAGUGCAAGUCAAGGCUCGCCACAUGGUCUCACAGAAUAAAAGACGAUAUCAGGAAGGAGGAUUUGAUUUAGAUAUGACAUAUAUUACGGAGAACAUAAUCGCCAUGGGUUUUCCUGCUGGUGAUUUGAGUUCAGGGAUUUUUGGAUAUUUUGAGGGCUUCUACCGCAAUCACAUGGAGGAAGUCAUCAGGUUCUUUGAAAUGCAUCACAAGGGGAAAUAUAAGGUGUACAACCUUUGCUCAGAAAGGCUGUAUGAUGCAUCUCUUUUUGAGGGAAAGGUAGCGUGCUUCCCUUUUGAUGACCAUAACUGCCCUCCGAUACAACUUGUCAUAUCAUUUUGCCAAAGUGCAUACUCAUGGUUGAAGGAGGACAUAGAAAAUGUGGUGGUUGUCCAUUGCAAAGCUGGAAAGGCAAGGACAGGAUUGAUGAUAUCCAGUCUUCUGGUAUACCUAAAGUUCUUUCCUACUGCGGAGGAGUCCAUUGAAUACUACAAUCAGAAAAGAUGUGUAGAUGGAAAAGGGCUUAUUCUUCCGAGUCAGAUUAGAUACGUGAAGUACUUUGAGCGCAUCUUAACUUAUUUCAAUGGUGAAAAUCAGCCGCCUCGCAGGUGCAUGCUUAGGGGAUUCCGCCUUCAUAGGUGCCCCUAUUGGAUCAGGCCAUCAAUUACCGUGUCUAAUCACAAUGGUGUGCUCUUUUCUACGAAGAAGCAUCCAAGAACAAAAGAACUAAUGCCUGAAGAUUUUUGGUUUACUGCACCAAAGAAGGGAAUUAUGGUUUUUGCAUUGCCUGGGGAGCCUGGAUUAGCGGAGGUAGCUGGUGAUUUCAAGAUUCAAUUUCAUGAUCGUCAGGGAGAUUUCUACUGCUGGCUAAAUACAACAAUGAUGGAGAACAGAGUGACUUUGAAUACAACUGAUUUUGAUGAUUUUGACAAGAGAAAAUUGCCGUCACCUGGGUUCCAAGUUGAGGUUGUUCUGGUAGAUUAUGAUGGUACACUACCACCAAAGCAAAAACCAGCUGCUGGAUCCGCUGAUAAGAAACCUGAUGCUAAUUCAUCUGCGAGCACUGGUACAAAAGAAAAUAGUGCUGCACCUGCCGAGUCCAACAAAGAAGUUGGAACUGACGAUAAGGAUGAUGUUUUUUCUGACAAUGAGGCAGAAGAUGGAUCAUCCAAGGGCAGGAAGGAGAAGGUCUCCAGCCAUAAUCAAGGUACAGCAAAUGCAGCCAAACCUUCUGUAACAAGUGCUGCAGAAAAGGUGGCGUCGGCUGCUGCUAGCGGAAUUGAGAAAAUGACUAUAUCCAGUGAUCAAGGAACUUCAAGGGCUCCUGAUGCUACCUCUCUUAAAACUGAAGCUAGCAACCAGAGCAGCUCCACCACAGAACAACCACCUGCCAUGGAAUCUUCCAGCAUGAGCGAGUUCAAGGCGAUCGCUGCAGACGCUUCGGUCUUCUCGUUUGGAGACGAAGAUGAUUAUGAAAGCGAAUAACCCUGCCUCUGAAUUUUGCGGGUGUGUUUGGUUUGUCAUGUGUAUAGUUACGUGCUUCAAGGACCAUGAUAGAAUGCCAGUCCGAAGCAACAUGGUAGCAAAGUUGAAACGAACCGAUUUAUUCUUCCAUUUUGUGUUCACUGUAGUCUUUUAUCAAGCUGUGAGAUGUUGUAUGCAGAUGAAGUUAUAACUCGACCAAGUUUGAAUUUCGAUAAUACAGCUCCUAUUUGUUUACAAAUAGAAGUCCUUGUCGAUUGAUUCUCA